UUCAUUUUCUCAAUCAGCGAAGCCGCAAAACAAUUCUAGAUUCUUUCUUUUUUGGGAGUCAAUCGCGGUGAUCUACACCUUUCCGAAUCAUUUGCGAAUAUUAUUAUUAUAAGAAAAUAUUUUUUAUUGGCUAAAAUGCCUCCUGUUAAGCAUUUUUCGUCUAGUGAAGUGAAUCAGUAUGAAUUAUCGUCUAGAUUAUUAACACUAACAGAAAAUACCUCAUAUACACUAACACAAAUAAAUGGACAGAGAAUCUAUAGGAAAGCCCCACAUGCAUGGAGCGGACCAGAGCCUUCAAGAAAUUGUGAGGUGUUCAUUGGGCGGAUCCCUCACGAUUGUUUCGAAGACACCUUGGUGCCGCUGUUCCGGCAGGCUGGCGAACUGUUUGAGUUCCGGCUCAUGAUCAACUUUUCCGGUUGGAAUAGAGGGUAUGCAUUCGCGAUGUACACUACAGAUGCUGAAGCGAGCAACGCGAUUAGAAUGUUCAACAACUACAUGAUCCGGCCGUCUUGGCAGUUGGGUGUUUGCCCAUCGAUCAACAACUGCCGCAUCUUCAUAUCUCGCAUUCCGCCGACGACGCCAUCUGCCGAGAUAGUGCGCCUCCUGUAUGCUCUGACGGACGAAGUGCAGGAGGUCCGCAUCAGGCGCUCCAUUGCGUCUUGUGCAGCGAUCGUGGAGUACAAGUCUCAUCGCGGCGCGGCGAUGGCCAGGAAAGCGCUGGUGGCGGCCGCGGCUGCUGCAUGGGGCUGCGGGGCCAGGCCCGCUGUUGAUUGGUCGCUGCCGCAGUCGCCGCAGCUGUUGAAGCAAUAUCGCGAAAUCGGUCGCUGGUCGCCGGAGCGCGGCGUGGAGCUGACGCGCGCGCCGGAGGACGGCAGCGCCAGCUCCCCGCCGCUGGCCGCCGCCGCGCCCACCUACACGCUGGAGCCGUGGUCGCAGGCCCGCCGUCUGCGCAUGAUACACGAGGCGCAGCGCAACGCCGCCGCCGCUGCUGAGUGGUCUAACCGCAUCCCGAGCGCGGAGUCCCUAGUGUCGUCGAUGGCGUCGCUGAGCGUGGGCAUGGGGCUGGGGUUGGGGCUGGGGCUGGAGGCGGAGCGCGCGGUGUGGGCGCCGCCCAGCGCGGGCCCGCACGAGCCGCGCGCCGCGCCGCCCGACUUCAACCCCUGGACCGCACGACACCCGCUCGGCUUCAUCGCGCCCAACAAGAAUGACGAGUGA